CACCUCAUCUUCCCUCCAACUUUGCUGAACCCUCGGUGCAGUGUCCGUAUUCUUGUCACACGCGUAAAUACCACCCCCACAUAUCCCUGCUGUCUUAUUCGCUUGCAUAUUUGCCGCAAUGGCAUCAGCUGUAACCUCAACUCUCGCCUCCGCCACCUUUGUCACAUCAGAACCAACAGCGACUCAGGUUGCAUACCCACCCAACAUCAACCAUGCGGCUGCAUACAUCUCUGGGAGAGUAUUGACCAUCGGGGGACUGACUCUGCUGUUCAUCGGCCUAUGCUGUAUUGCGGUUACAAUCUUAAGAUUUUCGGAACAGGAACAGCAUCCGGCGCAGGCCGUCGACCAGGAGAAAGCGCUCGUCUUGGACCAGAGUACUGUCAACAGCACCUUUCCAAUCCGCGUCUAUCCCUCGAACCAGCAUCUCUUUCUUGAUAACGACGCCAUGCUGGUUGUUACGACAACUACUGUAUCGCAAGAAGAGUUGACGGAUCAAUCGCGGCAACAAGAGAAUGGCCCAGCACAGGGAAGUGAAAAGCAGAUGCUUCAUCCAACAGUUCAACAUGCGUUCAUGGACCUAGGUCGCCUAGGGCGAUUAUGGAAUCGAGACUCCUCGCGCUUCUCGUCUGUCUGCAAUUCUCCCAGUCCUAGUCAGGCGGCUCGAAUGCCAUCAUUUACAACGACGAUGAUGCAGAGUACGCCAGUUCUAUUAUCGGCAUCCUUUGCUGUGCCAAUUCAGCCAGACACCCAUGAGUCACCGGAUCAAGUAUCCACAGCUGAGGAGCUAUGCUCGAUCUGUCUCGGCGAAUAUGCAAUCGAUGACCGAAUUCGGGUGCUUCCUUGUGGCCAUGAAUACCACGCAGGAUGCAUCGACAUUUGGCUUUGCCGCAAGUCGACGCAGUGCCCGCUAUGCAAACACGAUCUCCUGAACGACAUUUCAUCGUCCACUCCAGCACAGGUUCAUUUUCUGGAGACGCCUUUUCCUUAAGAUCUACCUUACACAUGGGUUUCAGGGCAAUUUUUCUUCCAUCUCAAUGUAGUAUAUCGUGUAUCUAGGUAACACUUUCGACGAAACAACU